UAUAAAAAUAUAAAUUAAUUAAAUAGAAUAAAAACCACAGAAGAUUUGAACAAUUAAACAUAAAUCUAUGUCUUUGAAAAUAUCAGGGUAUUUUGAGUUAAAUUGGUGGACUGGACACACAACUUUAAUUUGGCUCGCUCUAAAAAUGCACUAACACAGAAGUGAAAAGAUUAUUUUCAAAAACAUAACCUACAAGGAUGGAGAGAAUAAAGUAGAAGACAACCAAGAAAAAUCCUAAUCGCUGGAAAGCAGAUGGAUGUCUUAGUAGACCUGACAAACCAACUACCAAUCCUCAAGUGGGAAAAGCUGAGAACCAAUCCUGCUUAGACAGCAGGAUUUUCAGAAGCAUCAGGAAUGUCAGCCCUAGAUACUCUAAAAUGAUGAUAGGGUGCCAACUAAGGAGGAUUGUGUUAAAAUUUCCGGAGAAGCAGUUAAAUCUCUAGUAGUCAGAUCACUUUUCCCCCUCUAGUCACUGAGUAACCCACUUCGCUGACCCUAGCAGAAGUGUGGAGUUUUGUUUUCUGAUGACUGAAAAAGGAAGAGUCAUUCUAGGAGAGGUUCUACUGGCAAAAUUGAGGGCGGGGUAAUAUGAGUAGUGGAAAUAAGUGAUCAUCUAAAUAUUGAAUGCUGAUUGUUAAAAUACUAUGAUAGUCACUGGGAGCAAUUACAAAUAUUUCAGUUCUCUUCAUCUCAGACAUAUGGCAGAAUUUCAAUUCUAUUUCCUCUCUAAAUUAUGUGCGGCUAUGUAAUUUCCUUUGGCCAAUAAAAUGUGAGAAGAAGUGAUAUAUAUUACCUCUCAGCUGAAGCUUUGGGAGACAGAGCAUAGUUUAACACAUUAAUUUCCCUACUGUGGUGAUCAUGAAAGCAUAUGUGGAGAUGGAAUCUCCAGAAGCCUGGGUCCCUGACUGACAACUGAGGAAGGGAUCAUGCUGAACUGUACAGGAUAUGUAGUGCAGAAAGAAAUCAGCCUUCAUUGUGUUAAGCCAUUGAGAUCUGGAGUUGUCUGGUAGUGAAGCCUAACCUAGCCUAUCCUGAAUGACGCAGACCUCCACUCCUCUUCCACCAUUCAGUCCUUUACCUUUUCAAUCCACACCUUUUCUUCUGGGUAGGAGAUUUUAAAGAGUUGGGGAAUCUGACCAGCCCAAGUGGAAAAAGACCUAAUCACACUGAUGCUGAUAUUUCCCCAACCAAAACUGCUCCCAGUUCACCUUAGGGUAAGGACCAAACUGGACAAGCCCUGUCAACAUGCUCAGAGCUAUCACUCAGCUCGUUAGUCUCCCAAACUAAGAACAGACACCUGACUGAGACAUCUGGAGAAAGUUUCUAAAAAGAAAUACAGAAAUAAAAACAAGGCAAAGGGAAAAAAAGUAAACUGGAGACAAUCAAAAGUUUGCAGAAAGAAGAAAACUUGAAUAAACAACCUAUUAUUAAUAUCAUCAGAUGAGAAAAGAAGUUAUUGCAUCUAAGAAAUAAGCACAAAAAGAGGGCUCUUGGAAAGCAUGAACAUAAUAAAGAAACAAAAAUCUCAAUAGAAGGGCUUGAUGAUAAAGUUAAGAAAAUAUCCCAGGAAAUACUGCAAAAAUAUUUUUAAAUGGGAAACAGGAGAGAAAAAAAUAAGGAAAUUAGAGACCAUACCAGAGGUCUAACAUCUGAAUUGCAGGAAUUCAAAAAAAAACAAAAAACAAAAAACAAAGAGAGAGCAGGAAAAAAAUUUAUCAAUGAAUUGAAGAAAAUUUCUAAGAGCUGGAGGAAAUUAGUUUCCUAAUUGAAAGGGCUUACCAACUGUCCUAUACAAUGGAUGAAAAUAAGCUCAAAUCAAGACACAUCACUGUUUAAUUUUAAAAGUCUUGGGACAAUGACAAAAUACUACAACAAGAAAUAAAAAUAUAGAUCACAUACAGAAGAUGUAAAAUAAGAUUAGCUUUAUACUUCUUAACAAGCACACUGGUUUAGGGAGCUCAUUGACAAAAUAUUCCAACAUUCUGAAGAAAAAUUAUUUCCAACCUAAAACUCUAUAAUCAGUCAAAUUUCCAAUCAAGUCUGAGGGCAGAAUAAAGAUAAUUUAAUACACUCAAGGUCACGACAAAAUUUAACUCUCAUACACUCUUCUCUGGAAACUACUGGAAGAUAUCUAUCAAAAUGAGAGAGUAAUCUAAGAAAGAGGAAGUCAGAAGAAACAGAAAAGAGAAAAUCCAAAACAGAACAGAAGUGAAAUGAAUCUCCAGAUGAUGUUGAAGGAUGAUCUGAGGGUGACAACUGGGAUCUGAGUGUCUGAGUAUAGUGAACAACUAGUCCAGGUUGGAGCUGGAUGACUCAAGAGACAAGCAUUUUGAAGGAUAUCAUCAGCAAGUCCCCUGACAUCUUUUCAAUCAGAUGAAAACUAUUGGAGGAUGUGAUCUAUUAUAGCCACAGCAUAAACCAAAAAGAGGAAGAAAUAAAAUCCUAGAAAUAGGAAAUCCAACCAGAAUAAAGGCAAAGAGAAUUCCAAGAAGGAUAGGAAAUCAAAGUAGCAGGAUGAAAGCUGUGCAGCAGAUGUAGAGAGCAACCACCCAAUUUAAAGGAAAAUUGAUAGCUCAGGAGAUAUGGGAAUGACCAUGGGGAAAACCGUACCGAGAAGAAAUUGGAAGUGUGGGAAGAACAAAUGACAGAUAUAAAGAAAACCAAGUAAAUGAAAAAGCAAGGCAAUUAUUAACUGCAAGGAAAAAAGAAAGAAAAUAUAAUUAGUACACAACAAUGCUCCUAAUGACACAGCAAGUGAAAGAAGGCAUGAAGGGACCUUGGAAGAGUACAAGAGCUAAAACCUAAUCCAACAUAAUAGGAGUCAACUGAUAAUGUCUAAAAUUAAUUAAUCAGAAUACAGAUUAAUGUCAAAAGAGAUAACUAAAAGAGUUUAAAAUGGCUGCUUCUUGAGAAGGGAGCUAGAAAAGUGAGGAGGGAAAGGGCAGAAAACUUGUAUUUUAUUUUGUGUUUGAUUUUGAACCAAGGUCAUAUAUUAUUUUGAAAAAAAUGCAUUUUAAAAGAUCAGUGAGAUAGAAACCUUGUAAGUCUCCCUAAGAAUAAAAAGGUGAUAAAAUACUAAACAUUACUCAUAAGACUAGGGAUGUAAUUAAAGAUAAAUACAAAGAACACAUAAUACCAAGAAAUUUACAAAUCCAGAUAAUGAAUGGUUUUUAAAAUAAAGUACAAAUUACUUUAAAAGGAAACAAAAUCUGGACAGAUUAAUAACCAAAAGUAAAGUGGAAAAGACAGCUAUAGAUUUACCACCAGCAAAGUCACCAAACCCGACCCAUUUAAAUGGCAAGUUGUAAUUAAGCAUGUAGAAACAUGAUGAUAUAAUUAUAAAAACUAUUCUGUUGCAUAAAAAUGGAUGGAACGCUUCCUAACCCAUUUUAUGAGGCCAGAAUAGUUUAAUACUAAAACCAUAGAAAUUAAAUACACACACGCACACACACACACACAGAGCAACAUGGGCCAGAAAAAUCCUAAGACAACGUUGGCACAUCAAAUCCAUCUGUGCAUUAAAACAAUAAUACAUCAUGGUUAAAUGUCCUUUAUAUCAAGAACUUGAGAAUUAAGAAGCUAAAGAAUAAAACUACAAUUUUAACAGAUAUCAAAAAUUACUCUUAAAAUACGAAAUAAAGAAGAAAACCUUCUUGAUCCAAAAAAGGAGCAUUUACCCCAAAUUGAGAUCAACCUUCAUAGUUAAAGACGAAUGCACUUCCACAAAGGCAAGAAUGACCUACUUGCUACUAUUAAUUUUAAGAGUAUUCAUUGCAUAUUCUUGGAGAUACUAGCCAUUGAAAUUAUAUGUGAAUACUAAUUUAUAUAUAAUACUUCAGGUGACGGGUGGAGUUUGGGAGGGCAGAAAGUGUUCCAGAAAAUAUCACGGGUAAAGAGUGAAAACUGUGAAACUGGAAGAAUUACUAAUUAAUUCACAAGACACUGAAAAAAAGUCCAGUUACUCUGCAGUAUGAACAGCAUUAUCGUUAAGCGGUUUACAAAUCAAUAAAAGGUCACCAACCAAUAUUUGUUGAUUGUUUGACGGAGAUUCCAUUUUCUUAUAUAUUCUUUACUAUCAAUUUUAAAAGCAGGAGAAGGGUGUCUGAGAAUUUACUCCUGGUGGGGAGCCAGAGCUUAAUCUCAUGCCCCUAGAUUAAGGAAAACAGAUAUAUUUUUCUACGAAUUUAGACUAACAGAGGGGAAAACGAUGUAAGCACUUACUUACUAGUAUUACCGUGACCAUUUGAGGAAAAAGAUGAAAUAAAACAGCAAAUACCUUUGGGGGAAAAAAAUCUCUCCUGUCGCAGUUGCUUUAAUCCGCCAUCUUUUUAUUCUAUUCUUGAAAACGGGAAUAACAUCCACAAAACGCAAGGUGGCGCUGCUGGCUAAAAAGAAAAAAAUAUUCGCACAAAGGAGGUUGCAGAUUCCAGUAUUAAGAGGAAAGCUGGCCAGACAAGAAAAGUAAAAGAAAGGAAACGGUGGGAAAAGGAGUUUGGGAAAAGUGGGGACCUCUCCCCACAAGCAUUGCUAUUAUCCAGCUCAUUUCUAAGGAUUAGGUCGCUGUCAUUUCUGAGAGCUGCUUGAGGCCAAGCGAAAGUGUUUUUGAAAGACCGAUUAAACGAAGAAUGGAGGCCAGAAUGGAGCCUGCGGUGCAGAAAAGGCAAGUUCUCUUUCUCUGUAUAUUUCUGGGAGUGUCUUGGGCUGGCGCGGAACCGCUUCGGUAUUUUGUGACGGAGGAAACCGAGAGAGGCACCUUUCUGGCCAACCUAGCAAAUGACCUGGGGUUGGGGGUGGGGGAGCUCUCAGCCCGGGGAUCUAGAAUCGUUUCAGAUGAGAACAUACGAUUUUUACUACUCAAUCCGCUUACGGGUGAUUUACUUCUAAAUGAGAAGUUAGACCGAGAGGAACUGUGCGGCCCCACAGAGCCCUGUGUGCUGCCUUUCCAGUUGUUACUGGAAAAGCCUUUUCAGAUUUUCCGUGCUGAACUGUGGGUCAGAGACAUCAACGAUCAUUCUCCAGGAUUUCUAGAUAGAGAGAUUCUCUUGGAAAUACUAGAAAGUACCACUCCAGGGGCGGCCUUUCUCCUAGAAAGUGCACAGGAUUCAGAUGUUGGGAUCAACAACCUGAGAAACUACACCAUCAGCCCCAAUGCCUAUUUCCAUAUUAACGUCCAUGAUGGUGGGGAGGGGAAUAUCUAUCCCGAAUUGGUACUGGAUCGAGUGCUGGAUCGCGAAGAGGUGCCUGAGCUCAGCUUAACCCUCACGGCCUUGGAUGGCGGCUCUCCGCCCAGAUCCGGGACCGCCCUCGUACGAAUCCUGGUUUUGGACAUAAACGACAACGUCCCUGAAUUUGUACAGUCGCUCUACAAGGUGCAGGUGCCCGAGAACAGCCCUGUUGGCUCCCUGGUUGUCGCCGUGUCAGCUAGAGAUUUAGAUACCGGAAGUAAUGGGGAAAUAAAUUAUGCAUUUUUUUAUGCCACUGAAAGAAUUCUCAAAACAUUUGAAAUCAAUUCAACAUCUGGCGGUCUUCAUCUUAAAGCCGAACUGAACUAUGAGGCGAUGCAAACUUAUACAUUAACUAUUCAGGCCAAAGAUGGCGGAGGGCUUUCGGGAAAGUGUACUGUGGUGGUUCACGUAACAGAUAUAAAUGAUAAUCCACCGGAACUGAUCAUGUCAUCGCUUACUAGCCCAAUUGCAGAAAAUUCACCCGAGACAGUCGUAGCUGUUUUUAGGAUUAGAGACAGAGAUUCAGGGAACAAUGCAAAGAUGGUGUGCUCCAUCCAAGAUGAUCUCCCCUUUGUCCUGAAGCCAUCUGUAGAGAAUUUCUACACCCUGGUAACAGAGAGCCCGCUGGACAGAGAAAGCCAGGCCGAGUACAACAUCACCAUCACGGUCACUGACAUGGGAUCCCCCAGGCUGAAAACCCAGCACAACAUAACCGUGCUGGUCUCCGACGUCAACGACAACGCCCCGGCCUUCACCCAAACCUCCUACACCCUCUGGGUCCGCGAGAACAACAGCCCCGCCCUGCACAUCGGCAGCGUCAGCGCCACGGACAGAGACGCAGGCGCCAACGCCCAGCUCACCUACUCGCUGCUGCCGCCCCAAGACCCGCACCUGCCCCUGGCCUCCCUCGUGUCCAUCAACGCCGACAACGGCCACCUGUUCGCCCUCAGGUCGCUGGACUACGAGGCCCUGCAGGCCUUCGAGUUCGGCGUGGGCGCCACGGACCGCGGCUCGCCGGCGCUGAGCAGCCAGGCGCGGGUGCGCGUGCUGGUGCUGGACGCCAACGACAACUCGCCCUUCGUGCUGUACCCGCUGCAGAACGGCUCUGCGCCCUGCACCGAGCUGGUGCCCAGGGCGGCCGAGGCGGGCUACCUGGUGACCAAGGUGGUGGCGGUGGACGGCGACUCGGGCCAGAACGCCUGGCUGUCGUACCGGCUGCUCAAGGCCACGGAGCCCGGGCUGUUCGGCGUGUGGCCGCACAACGGCGAGGUGCGCACGGCCAGGCUGCUGAGCGAGCGCGACGCGCCCAAGCACAGGCUGCUGGUGCAGGUCAGGGACAAUGGCGAGCCGCCGCGCUCGGCCAGCGUCACGCUGCACGUGCUGCUGGUGGACGGCUUCUCCCAGCCCUACCUGCCGCUGCCCGAGGCGGCGGCCGAGCAGGCGCGGGCCGACCCGCUCACCGUCUACCUGGUCGUCGCGCUGGCGUCGGUGUCGUCGCUCUUCCUCCUGUCGGUGCUGCUGUUCGUCGCGGUGCGGCUGUGCAGGAGGAGCAGGGCCGCGUCGCUGGGUCGCUGCUCGGUGCCCGAGGGCCCCUUUCCGGGCCACCUGGUGGACGUGAGCGGCACCGGGACCCUGUCCCAGAGCUACCAGUAUGAGGUGUGUCUGAGGGCAGGUUCAGGGACCAGCGAGUUCAAGUUCCUGAAGCCCAUCAUCCCUAGUCUGCAGUCACAGAACACAGGGAGGGAAGUGGAAGAAAAUCCUUCAUUUGGGAAUGAUUUGGGUUUCUGAUAAAGAAUGAAAAAUAAAUGCCUAUAUUGUGUCUGAAUAUAUUCCUAGUAAGAAAUUUAUCCUGAGUUAACCUGUAGAGGAGUGCUUCCACAUUAUUUCAAGUAUUCUUAAAGUCACAGAAUAAAUUUCUUUACACCGAAAAGGAUCCAGCUUUAGCCCUAAUAACCCUCCACAAAGCAUGGAAUGUAUAUAUGUCAUAUUUUAAUCUCAGUUAUACAUUUUGUGCAGUCUAUUACAUGGUAAAUCUUGUUUAAGAUAUUUUAAAUUGGUUUUCAUUGUCUUAAAAUUUUAUUGCUACUUUUCUGAGUUGAUUAGAGUGCUGUACAAGUAUACCGACCCUAAGUUUUAGGGGCACAGAUUGUGGAGUAUCUUUUAAAGCCUUUUAAAAAGCACUUACUAUGCAUCAUACAUUAUUCUGACUUUUAAUCUUGGAAGUAAACCUAUAGGGGAGGUAUUUUAGAAAUGAGGAAGUAGAUGUUUAUAGAGGUUCAGUGACCUCACUAAGGUCACCAACGAAUAAAUGGCAGAGCUGAGCAUCUCUCUUAGAGCUGUCUGAUUCUGGGACCUUGCUAUGAUGCUAUACUGUUUCUUUUUGUUUGUCAUUGGAUAUCUCCUGACAAGUUUCUCCCUAAUUAGGGAGAAGAAAUCUUUUUUCAUAUUCAUAUUCUUGUUCAGUCUUUUCUGUAUUUGAAAAUAAUGUAUGUAUUGGUCUGUGCUUUUACUUUCUUACAAACCAAUAAUCUAGCUUUUCUGGAUCAGUUAACUUUUUUUUUAAAGAUCGUCACUUGAGCGAUCAUCUGUUGCCAACCUUUUUUUCUUCUUCUUCUCCCCAA